CAUAUAUUACAAUUGAAUCAUGCAAAAUGAAGAAUAACAAUGUACUAUGUUUUUCUCUAUUAUUGAGUGUAGUUGGAAUUCCAUGAGCGUCUGCUAGGAUCCUUCUCGAAAGCAUUUGCUUAUAAAUCGGAUAUGCACAAUCACGUUUGAGAACCACACGCCUGACGAACUAAACGUGAAUGUGGUUGAUACUUGAAGGCGAAGAUGCCUUUGCCAUUCUAUCGAGAGGCACGACUGUAAACCGUUCCUCGUGUACAUUCCAAGCGGGAAUUCUCUAAAGCCAGUUUUGUAUGGACAUAGCCAGUGGACGCGCGCACUUUCAAGUUCUACAGCAUGUCUUUCUCGUGCUCUCUUUCUCACAUACAUACCUGCAAAAAAGUAUCGAGUUGAAUUUAUGUAAUGCUAUUUAAUGGGAUAUGCAGUAGGAGUAUUUACAUUCCUAAGGUGCGGCAGUGAAAAAAAAGUUAAAAGUGUAGAAAUUUCUAAAUAAUUUGAAAAGUGAUUUUUUCCUAAAUCUCACGGAUUAAUAUACACAAUUUUGAAAGGAUAAAUUAUUGCUCUUCUUUAUAACCUUGUAUAAAUUAAAUUUGUCAAAUGGAUGUCGAAACUGGUGCGAUUGUGACUCUGCAAAUUUUAGCAAUUUGCUCAAUAGUGGCGGCUCUUCUCGCUUAUUUGAUGCGACAAUCGAGAAACACAGAUGAAGAAUUCGAGAUGAGGUGCAAACGACAUGUUCUAGUGACCAGUUGCGACACAAGCGUAGGGUUGCAAAUUGCUUUGACACUAUCAGAGGCAGGUUACAAGGUUUUUGCUGGUUUGUUGCAACCAGAAGGAAAUUCUCAUGCAAUAAAAAUCAUUAGAGUUGUUCAAUCUCAAAGAGAAAAAGAUCAAGACCAUUCACGCUUGGAGUGUUCUGUGGGAUUGGACGUACGUGCUUCGGGACAAAUCGUUCCAGUGGAAUUAGAUCCAACGCGAGAGGAUAGUUUACGUGCCUGUUUGGAUGCAGUUAGAUCAAAACUUCCGGCUGGUGAAGAUGGACUCUGGGCAGUGGUACACACGGGAGGAUUAGCGUUACCUGGUGUCAUAGAAAAACAAGAAAGCUCUGCUUGGGAGUCGAUGCUAAGGCACAAUCUUGUAGCUGCUUUGCGAGCAGCCCGAGUGUUCAUACCAUUGCUACGUGCAAAGAGAGGUCGCAUUAUUUUUCUCGGUGAUUCGGGUUCAAAUAAUGGACCUGGAUUGGUUGCCUUUAGUGCCUCUAAAAAAGCUGUUGAAGGAGCUGCAGAAGCUUUAAGGAACGAACUUACUUUUUCUGAGAUCGACGUUAUACUUUUAAAGCCACCUCCAGUAAAUCCCCUCACUUUGUAUGCGAUACCCGUGCUUAAAGCGUCAGGAAACGUACGCAGUACUUCAUACACGGAGGCUGUUUGGACGGCACCAUUGACAGCUUAUUCUGUAACAAAUUCCUUAACUUUAGCGCUCACAUCGCGAAAUCCUAAAGUUUCCUACGACAUGAAUCUUAAACCUCACAUUUUUUGUCGAUAAGGAACGACUACUUUUGGAACUGAUUAUAAUUUUAAGGAACUGUUAGAAGAAAUGAAUCAGAAAUAAUAUAUAAAAAAUUAUAAUCAAAGUAUUAAAACACUUCCUCUAUGUAAGACUAAUUUAAAAGACGAUAGAGUAACAAAUGUAAAUAACUGUUUUUAAAAUUUUUUUACACAUUCUAUUUAUGUUAAAAUUAAAAGGUGACUAUAUGUAUAUAAUGCAAACAGCAGAUAGAAUAAACUCAAGGUGC